UUUCUAUUCAUAAUCUUCACAGUUUAUACCAUGCUACCCUUUGGGAUGAGAGGUGCUGUCAUAAUUAGCAUUCUUUCUGCUCUCUCCCAUAUUAUUGUUCUAAGCAUUGUGGUAAGCAUGACUUCUCAGGAAAAUAAGGAAUCCAUUCUGUUUCAGCUACUUGCCAAUGCUGUCAUUUUUCUUUGUGGUAACUUGAUGGGUGCAUUUCACAAACGCCAAAUGCAGGUUGCUUCGUGGGAUUUGUAUAGAUACACGUUAAAGUGCAUUCAGGUCCGAAUGAAAUUGAAGAUUGAAAAGAGGCAACAAGAAAAUUUGCUUUUAUCUAUACUGCCAGCUCAUAUCUCUAUGGAAAUGAAGUUAGCAAUCAUAGAGCGACUAAAGGAAACUAAUGAUAAUAGGCAAAUGCAUGAUAACAACUUCCAUAGUCUGUAUGUAAAAAGGCACCAAAAUGUUAGCAUUCUUUACGCAGACAUUGUAGGAUUUACUCGCCUUGCCAGUGACUGUUCUCCUAAGGAACUAGUAGUGAUGCUGAAUGAACUUUUUGGAAAGUUUGAUCAGAUUGCAAAGGAGAAUGAAUGCAUGAGAAUAAAAAUCCUUGGAGACUGUUACUACUGUGUCUCAGGCCUACCUGUGUCCUUACCGGUUCAUGCCAGGAACUGUGUUAAAAUGGGACUCGACAUGUGUGAGGCAAUAAAGCAGGUGAGAGAAGCCACAGGAGUGGAUAUCAACAUGAGGGUUGGUAUUCAUUCUGGGAAUGUGCUGUGCGGUGUGAUCGGCCUCCGGAAGUGGCAGUAUGACGUCUGGUCGCACGACGUGUCCUUGGCAAACCGCAUGGAGUCCGCGGGCGUACCUGGCCGUGUACACAUCACUGAAGCAACAUUAAAUCACCUGGGCAAAGCUUAUGAAGUAGAAGAAGGAAAUGGACACCUGAGGGAUCCUUACCUUGAAUCCAUGAAUAUCAAAACCUACUUAGUGGUUGAUCCAAGGUCCAAACAAUGCAUAUCAAAUAAUCAUCUCCCUAAAACAAGAGUUAAUGAUGGGCUGAAGAUGCGAGCAUCCGUUCGGAUGACACGUUAUUUAGAGUCCUGGGGAGCAGCCAGGCCCUUUGCCCACCUGAACCACAGAGAAAGUGUGAGCAGUGACUCUUCAAGUUCACAAGGAAGGCGAAGAAAGGAAAUACCUUUGUGUUCCACUGGGCGCCAGAGAACUUCUGAUAGAAAUUCAUCCCAGAAGGGAAGGAUAGAGGAAGAUAUUUAUGAUGAAAUGAUGUCAACCAUUGAGGGCCUCAGUUCAACUAAUCCGUGGUGUGGCAAAUCAGAUGACUUCUGUGGAUUUUCACUGAUUUUUGCAGAACCUGGUCUUGAAAAAGAGUAUCGCACCAUUCCUAUUCUAAAACUGAAGAGUUACUUCACAUGUGCCAGUUUUGUGUUCCUCUGUAUAUUUCUGGUACAGAUGUUUAUAAUGCCAAAAACUGCAAAACUAGGAAUUUCCUUUGGCAUUGUUGCAGUCAUCAUUGUACUUAUUUUGCUUGUGUGCUUUGCUGAUAAGUUUAUGUGUUGCUCAGAACAGUGGCCUUUCCUACGUCAUCUUUGUGUUAUCUCAGAAAAGGUGGAAACAAUGCCUUUACUUAGGCUUCCUUUAGCAGUCAUCACUAUAGGUGCCUUGCUGGUUAUAGCCAUUUUUAAUUUGACUACUGAAAAGAACAAACCUGCAAACUUUACUGGAUCUAAUGACCUGUGUGCUACCACCUAUCCUUUUGGAAACACAACUCAAUCCUGCAUUGAAGAAACUUACUAUGCUUACUGCUGCAUAUUGGGGUUCAUUGCUUGCUCGGUAUUUCUUCAAAUGAGCUUCGAGCUCAAAGUUCUCCUCCUGUCCAUUGCUGUGACUGUGUACCUCAUCAUUUUUAAUACCCUUCAGCACAGAAACUUGAACUUCUAUGGCAACAGUACCAGGCUUUUCAUCAGAGAGCCAAGGAUAACAACUAAUUUGUAUCUGGUUCUAUUUUACAUAACCCUAAUUUUACUUGCAAAACAGAUUGACUAUUACUGUCGACUGGAUUGUCUGUGGAAGAAUAAGUUUAAAAAAGAACACGAACAGUUUGAAACAAUGGAGAAUGUUAACAGGCUUUUGCUGGAAAAUGUACUUCCAGCACAUGUUGCUGCAUAUUUCAUUGGUGAAAAACGAAAUGAGGACUGGUACCAUCAAUCUUACGACUGUGUCUGUGUCAUGUUUGCAUCGGUACCGGAUUUUAAGGUGUUUUAUACUGAAUGUGAUGUCAAUAAAGAAGGCCUGGAAUGCUUGCGGCUCUUAAAUGAAAUCAUUGCUGAUUUUGAUGAGCUCUUGCUAAAACCAAAAUUUAGUGGUGUUGAAAAGAUAAAAACCAUUGGAAGCACUUACAUGGCAGCAGCUGGUCUCAGUGUUACUCCAGGCCAAGAGAACAACCAGGAUAAGGAGAGGCAGCAUGCUCACAUUGGGAUUAUGGUGGAAUAUGGAAUUGCCUUGAUGAGUAAACUGGAUGGCAUCAACCGACAUUCCUUUAACAAUUUCCGCUUACGUAUUGGGAUAAAUCAUGGCCCUGUGAUUGCUGGUGUGAUUGGAGCCCGGAAACCUCAGUACGACAUUUGGGGCAACACUGUUAACGUCGCCAGCCGAAUGGAGAGCACGGGGGAGCUGGGGAAAAUCCAGGUCACAGAAGAAACAAGUAAGAUACUACAGGAGUUGGGAUAUUCAUGUGAAUGUAGGGGACUCAUUAAUGUCAAAGGCAAGGGAGAACUGAGGACUUACUUUGUUUGCACUGAGACUGCCAAAUUCCAAGGUAUGGGACUGAACUGAGGCUACAAUGAUGUUAAUCAGAACAGACCUAGAACUGCCUCCCUUCUGUGAAGACUUAGAAUUUCCCUCCUUAUGUGAAGGACUUUAUUCUAAAAACAUAUAUACUAUUCCUAUUUCUUCAACAUCUCAAGAUGAGAGGGUUGGGUUUUUUUUGAAAGAAGUUCUGAAACAUUCCUAGAAGACAUGCAACAACCAGUCUGAAAAAGACUACUUAUCCCUGAAAUUCUUCGAGGAUUUGCCUGGAAUUGCCGUGGGGCAUUUUCAGUUAAUUCCUCCUUACCUGCACUGUGGGAGUCUUAACAGCUCCAGUAACAACACGUGUGGAUGCACUGCAGAACUUGUUACCACAUUAAAACAUUGCGCUGUGUCAUUCUCUGACACGCACCUGCCUACAGUAUUGCCUUUGUCGCAGACCUGCGAGAUGAUGCUCUGGACACUGCGUAAUCCCGCUUAACGCUAAACAGACCUCACAGCAGAAGGCACUGAGUAAUGAAAGAGGAACACAAGUAAACUCAAAUAUAUCAUUUGAUAAUUGUGCUGAGCUCCUUUGGAAAAAAAAAAAACAUUAAUUGCGCAGUAUCAGAUCACUUUUUUGUUAUCUUCCCCUCCUCCAUAAGUACUCUGUAUUAUGCAAAUGUUUUCAUGAUCAACAGCUGUUCAGAAAUAACUUUAACCUAGUUCAGAGGUUUAUGUUAUAUUAUAUUGUUCUCACAUUUUUAACAGUCACAUUAGAGAAUGCCUUUAAUAUUUGGGCUUUAAAUUUCAAAAAGUAUACCUGAUCCUGAGAAGCACUGAGCACCUGAAGUUUUUCCUGCAUGCUUGGUUAGGUAGGCUCUGGUAACAGCUAGUUUCACUGCCACCAGGCAGGAAUUCUGCAUGCUGACUGCAUUCUUGAAGGCACUUAUGGGAAGAAAAAAUUAUCUGUUUUGAAUUGUUUGAAGAACAGAACUAGUAUUAUUAUAGAAACAGUAGCAGAUACUGUAUAAACUACCAUGUCUGAGGUGGGGUUUGGGUUUUUUUUCUAUUCUUGUUUCUUCAGUUUGACUAGCUACUGGCUGGUUUAUAUACCUUUUAAAGGCAAUGCAGUUUAUGAAAAAAAAAUUGGGUUUGAAAGUUACAAAAUGAUGUAUGGAGAAAACAUACUGAUAAUGGAAUACUUAUGUUUCAGCAGAGCCUCAAUACCGAAAGAGCAUAAGUAGAGCAUUAGUAAGAUGAUCACAGAAAUUGACUUGCUGUAACUUAGUUUGUAAAGUUUUUAAGCUGUUAAUGGCUUUUGCUAAUUUCUAAAUUAGCAUUUUUCUACUUUCUGCAGUCACUUAAUCUGUUUUCUGUUGGUGGAGAUGAUAGUAUUUUCUAAGGCUAACAUCUUAUGCACUAUGAUAUGUACUAACUAAGGAUGGAUUUCCCCCUCCCCCCCAAUACAGCACAUGUAGUAUGACUAAACAGCACAGUGAUUAAUGAGUUCAUCGGCUUUGUUAAGCCUUACUCUUCUACAAACAAAGCAGCAUUUACUAAUAUUUCUGGGUUUAGUACUAAACCAUACUGAAAAAGUGUUUAACAAGCAGUCCUAUGCACCACUGCUUUCUAAUUACUGUGUAAUUUCUUUAGAAGAUGAAGUGACCAUGUUUCAAGACAGGAACAAAUCUUAAAUAUUGUCCAACUGUGGAUUAAAAAUCGUGCUUAUAGCCUUUGUCAAUUUGGUAGGUCAAAACUGUGUUUGUAGUAAGUCUCCAACAGAAAAUAGCACAUUAGAAAACCUUAGUUUGAGGUUGUCUGGUUCAUGUAUGGACUCUGCUUGAAGAAGUAGUUUCAUACUCAGUGUCUUAUUAGUAUAAGGUCAGUGUUGUAGUUGAAUAAACUUUCAAGCAGCUUUUGCUACACUUGUAUGUUGUGUAUUUGUAGUAACAGGUGAUCAGCAAGCAUUUGUUUUGAGAUAUUUAUUUAUUGUUUUAUAAGGACCAUGCAUGUGUCAGAGGCUCCUUUCAGCAGUCUUUGAUGGCAUGUUAGGUAAAGGAACUAUUUGCCUCAUGAAUAUAUUUUGAAAAGUGCAUUAUGCCUAUAGAUAGAGCUGGCUCUGGAGUGUUUCUGUUCACAGACCUAGUAGAAUGUAGAUGUAAGCUAUCUAUGGAAGAAAAUUCGCUGUCUGUAACAGCAUUUUGAAAUGCUUUUGUUUACAUUAUAUUGCCUGUCAGGCUAGUAACUUGCUUGGGUGUAACUUCAAUUUAACCUCAUUUAUAGAAGUGUUAGAAAGAGCAGUAGCUUUCAAGCUGGAAGAAGCCGGUUUUAAAAGGCCAUUAUGCUCUUGCAGCAUUCACUCCAUGUUGGUGUACUGUGCAAGGCAUUCUUGGAUAAGUUGGAAACUGUGUAAUGAAAAAGGGGUUGUAUCUGAGGAUGACUUUCUGAUUUCUCAUCAGAACUGGAACUGUGUAAUAGGAGAGCUACAUUCAACCACAGAAAAAGCUCAAUUUAAGAAGCAACUGUAUUUAAAGAAUGGUUUUCAGCAGUCCUUUUGUGAGUGAACUGUGAAAUGUAAGAUUGAGGAAAUAACCUUGUUAGAAAAAUCUCCCUUACAGCAUUAUUGUUUUCUUAAAACUGAAAAAAUGGCACUGUAUCUAAUUUGAAGAGCUAAUAAUGUCUUGAAUUAGCAAUCUAAUUUAAAGAACAAAAUUGGUUUUUACCAUUAAAUAAAAAAUUU